AUGUCUGACCACCGCAACUGCGCAGAUAUUAAUUGCGCCAGCCUUAUAAAUUCAUAUCAAUCAAGCUUCAAGGACCAGAAGAUGUAUAUAUAUUCAAUACUUUUAAUUACAGCUCUGUGCGUUUCUGGUGGUCCUCCAACUGAGGAUUGCAGCGGAUGUCUUUAUAAUGGAUAUUGCAUUUGUAAUAAUGCUGUAGGCCUGGUUAUAGAAGAAUAUUCUUGCAAGCAAAUAGCAUGCACAAAUAAAGAAAUUGACGUGCAAAAAAUAUUUUGUAAAGACUUCAGAGGAAAUUGCAUGCCCCAUGGCAAAGGAUGGCUUGGAGUUUACCGAAAUCUGUGUGUUACAAAUUAUUGUUAUAUAGUAAGAGGUCGUCCAAGACUAACUAUGCGCUAUAAUCAGGUUUGCACGCAAGAUCAUAUUGUCUCAGACAUCCUGCAGUUUAUAUAUCCGCCAGUGAGACAAUGUUAAAUGAAAAAUUCGAUUUUUAAUAUUGUUAAAUAUUUAUGUUAAAAUAAAAAAAACUGAGGCUAACAUAAAAUGAGGUAGUUAAGAUGCGUGUUAUAAUUAAGAGGCAACACUUGAUGAGGUCCCUCUCAUUAUUCACAUCUUUUGUUCCAGAAUGCAGAUGUCUCCACCAGCAGACUCUUUUGCAUUUACACAUAGUGUUUUGAAAGUCAUGCAAAUUAGAUGCACCGCCACACGCAGACACGCGCAAUCACAUCCAUAGUUACACAUUCACACUCACACACACAUGCACAAACAUACACUC